AUGGCUCGUGGACGUUUCGAUCAAGCUUCAUCACACGUUCAAUGGAUGGUUAUUCGUAAUACUUCAUCAUUUUUACAUAAACGAAAAUUGGGCACAUUUACAACUGAACCAAGCAAUUUAAAAAACCGUAAUACCUUCCGUUCUAAUGGUCUUAUUCAUCCAAAAGUAGUCGGUGUUGAAGCUGUUAAAGAUGGUAAAGGUGUUGUUUUUACAACUGGUUGUGUUAAAAAUAUGAAAAAACCAGCUAAACGUCUUCGUAAAGUUAAACUUACUAAGGAUUCACGUCGUACAUUGACAAGUAUUCGACGAACAAUUCGUAAACAAUGUUAUCGUAAAGAUCUUAAGAUGGCUGCUCUUCGUCGGGCAUCAGCAUUGCUUCGUGGUCAACGAUUAGCUUUAACAACAACUGCUCCGACAACUAAAACAGCCAGUAAACGUUCAGGCAAAAAUGCAACAGCAGCAACAGCAACUGCAUAG